UGCGGCAGUCUAUAGAGCCGGCGCUCUGGGUCGGGAGUCGUAGUCGCUGGUCGCUCGCCGCCGUUGCUGCUCCGCCUCUGCGCGUCCCCAGUUAACCGCCGCGCGCAGCCCCCCGCCGGCUGGCGGGUCAGAGAGCCUGCGAGCGACCCCCGCCCGGCCUCCUGAGGCGGGGCGCCCGGCCGGACCCUGAGCCUCGCCCUCUCGCGCUGCAGCCGCCCGCGCCUCUUCGGCCGCCUGUCCGGCAUGAAGACCAAGUUCUGCACCGGGGGCGAGGCGGAGCCCUCGCCGCUCGGGCUGCUGCUGAGCUGUAGCGGCGGGAGCGCGGCCCCGACGCCCGGCGUGGGACAGCAGCGCGACGCCGCCAGCGACCCAGAGCCCAAGCAGCUGGGCGGCAGGCAGCCGCCGCUCGCUCUGCCCCCGCCGCCUUUGCCGCUUACCCUGCCCGCUUUGCCUCCGCCGGCGGCGGCCGACGAGCAGCCGGAGCCCCGGACGCGGCGCAAGGCCUAUCUGUGGUGCAAGGAGUUCCUGCCCGGCGCCUGGAGGGGCCUUCGCGAGGACCAGUUCCACAUCAGUGUCGUCAGGGGUGGCCUCAGUAACAUGCUGUUCCAGUGCUCCCUACCUGACACCACAGCCUCGGUGGGUGAUGAGCCUCGGAAAGUGCUCUUGCGACUGUAUGGUGCCAUCUUACAAAUGAGGUCCUGUAAUAAGGAGGGAUCCGAACAAGCUCAGAAAGAAAAUGAAUUUCAAGGGGCUGAAGCCAUGGUUCUGGAAAGUGUUAUGUUUGCCAUUCUCGCAGAAAGGUCACUUGGGCCAAAACUCUAUGGCAUCUUUCCUCAAGGCCGACUGGAGCAGUUCAUCCCGAGCAGACGAUUAGACACUGAAGAAUUAAGUUUGCCAGAUAUUUCUGCAGAAAUAGCCGAGAAAAUGGCCACAUUUCAUGGUAUGAAAAUGCCAUUCAAUAAGGAACCCAAGUGGCUUUUUGGAACAAUGGAAAAAUAUCUAGAUCAAGUGCUGAAAAUUAAGUUUACUGAAGAACCCAGAGUUAAACAGCUCCAGAAGUUCCUCAGUUACAACUUGCCUUUGGAACUGGAAAUGCUGAGAUUAUUGCUUGAAUCUACUUUGUCUCCUGUUGUAUUUUGUCAUAAUGACUGUCAAGAAGGUAAUAUCUUAUUGCUGGAAGGCCGAGAGAAUUCUGAAAAACAAAAACUGAUGCUGAUUGACUUUGAGUACAGCAGUUAUAAUUACAGAGGAUUCGACAUUGGGAACCACUUCUGUGAAUGGAUGUACGAUUAUACCUAUGAAAAGUACCCUUUUUUCAGAGCAAAUAGUCAGAAGUAUCCCACCAGGAAACAGCAGCUCCAUUUUAUUUCCAGUUACUUGGCUACGUUCCAGAAUGGCUUUGGAAACCUCAGUGGUGAAGAAAAGUCUGCAAUCAAAGAAGAGAUGUUGCUUGAAGUCAAUAGAUUUGCCCUUGCUUCCCAUUUCUUCUGGGGACUUUGGUCCAUUGUACAGGCCAAGAUUUCAUCCAUUGAAUUCGGGUACAUGGAAUACGCCCAAGCCAGGUUUGAUGCCUAUUUCGAGCAGAAGAGGAAGCUUGGUGUGUGACUGGGAGGACCCUCACCCGCUCCACCACUGGACUGCCAGGAGGCGGCCGAGCGGGGCCUCUGCGCCGCAGCCACCAUACUCGCAUGGGGAGGCCUUGAUGUCUCACACCGCACAGAUGUGUAUGAUACGGAGGACUGUAUUAAAAAUGGAGUAACAUUUAUUUCCUAUCUUGUUUACAAUCUCAUUAGGACUCUGAAACGAGAUUGGGAGGCAGAAAUAUAGUACAAUAGUGCAAUAUCUCAGAACUUUUUUAAUCUAGAAGAGGUGGUUUCUCUUUGGGGCACAAGACUUUGUCAGACAUGGCCAGCAGCAGGAGUGACCAGUGUUACUGCAGGUACUUUGGUUAAUGUUUUUUUAAAAAUUCUUUCAUUAACAUGCCAGUGGACAUUGUGACCAGGCUCUUUGUGGGUGAUGAUGUGUUGUAGACACCCCUCGCUCCCAAGGAACACAAGACAUACUGUGAAGUGACUCUUCGGGCUGAGCUCCAGCCACGGAGUCUGCAGCGGCACCCAGCCCAUGUCCCCAGGAGCCUCUGGGCUGGACGGCUGUUGGGGAAGCAGGCUGCACACGUGCUGCAGGAGCUCUGUCCGUGGAUGGACAGACAGAAGGACAGAUGGGCGUGCCUUGUAUCUGGCAUACACAUGUUGGUACACGAACAGACUUCACCGUAACUAGACAUACCUGAUUCAGUGUGCUUUGUAACUCCAGCUUUGGGCAGUGGGGGCCUCGCUGGCUUUCUUCACUCCAUGCUGCCAGGGUGGAGCAGGCCAUAGGGCGGCUCCCUCAGCCUUUCUCACUUCCCUGUAUCUGGCCUGGAGCUUGGGCUCCUGGGCUAUGGGUGGCUUCCCCAGGGGCCCUCAGAGGCCUCCUCCUGCCCUGGCCUUGGCUUUACUAGUGGCCAGCAUUCCCAGCCUCACCUCAUUCCCUUCCCCAUGUUGCUGAAGUCAUUCUGUGGGAGUUGGCAGCCCUCAUGUGGGGUGUGGAGGCUCUGACAUUAUAGCUGUGAAAUCCAUAUAUGUUAAAUGUCCAAUGGGAUAAGUUCUUAGCCUUUUUUUUUUACUCUGAAGUCUUUGAAUUUUUUUGUGUGCAUAUAUUUCUGCUACUACAGAGAUUGUACUAUACAAAUAAAAAAUUAAACCUCAA